UUUCAACGUCAACUUGACACCCUUAUCUUAUUAGCAGGUGAACUUGUCCUGUCAUCGGAGCUGAAUUUCGGUGUUAUUUCCUUUUCACAAUAAAUUAAAUUAACGUGCAAGGAGUGCAUCAAGCUCGAAAAUGAGUAGCCCGAUUGAUCCACGUCGUCAGGACAAAGUGAAUCGGUACAAAAGCCCAUUGGGUCAGGGCCAAGGAGCGGUCGGAGAUGACCUGAUGCCAGACUACAUGAAUAUCCUGGGAAUGAUAUUUUCUAUGUGUGGUUUGAUGAUGAAGCUGAAGUGGUGUGCAUGGUUUGCACUUUAUUGCUCUUGCAUUAGCUUUGCCAAUUCCCGUGUCAGUGACGAUGCAAAACAGGUUUUGUCUUCUUUCAUGCUUAGUGUGAGUGCUGUCGUGAUGUCCUAUUUACAAAAUCCAGCCCCGAUGACGCCACCUUGGGCAUCGUAACACUAGAUGUAUUUACAAAUUUUACUUUUAAAAAAGUUUACCAAAUAUGUUAACAUAAAUUGUUUAAAUUCCAAUAUUGGCAAAUAAAAUCGUCAAAGACGCUCUAAUUUGAAACA